GGCUAGGAGGUUAUAAACGCUAGCUCGGGCUCCAGCUCCAACUCUAGCUCGAAAAGCAAGUUUGGAGUAUGGCUCCAAAUAAUUUUAGGUUAUAAAAUCUGGCUCGAGCUCUGUCUCCAAAAUUGGCUCCAAAGCUGUCUCGAAAAUUUCGAGCUGGAGUACAUACUCGAAUUGUGGUUAUAAAACUUUCGAGUACGGAAAAUAUACUCCAAAUGGAGUAUGUAAAGCUUAAAUCUCGAGUAAGCUAAAGAGCUUACUCGAACUUUCAAGUUUGUACUCAGGGUGUCGUCUGCUUUCAUAGAAAUGGCUGCACAUCAACGCAUAGCCAACAGAGAACGCGUUCCGCGUAAUUUUAGGGAUAGGUCAAACCCACUGGAGGACUUGUCAGCUUCUGACAUAUUUGCAAGAUAUAGGUUUCACCCAGAUACCAUUAUCGAUCUCCUGAGGCAGCUCCCUGACUUAUCUACUCAUACAAAGAGGAACCUCCCAAUUCCACCCCUCCUUCAGCUGCUUGUGACAUUAAGAUUUCUUGGUACAGGUGCCACCCACAUCCUUGUUGGUGAUGAUGUGAAGAUUUCAAGAUCAACAGCAGGGCGAUGUAUAAGGCAGGUAUCGGCCCUUAUUGCAAAUUUGGCACCAAACUACAUCAGCUUUCCAAGGGGAGAUCAGGCGCGCCAAGUGAUGCUGGAGUUUGCACAUAUUGCAGGUUUUCCAAAAGUGUUGGGUUGUGUAGAUGGUACACAUGUUCGAAUAACCAAACCAUCAGGGCCUCAAGAGGCAGAUUUCGUAAACAGAAAACAGUACCAUUCAUUAAACGUGCAGGUACCAAUAAAUUAGCUUGAAAGCAUUCAUGCACAAGGCAUUCAAUA